GAAAAAGCGGUCCGGUACGUGACGAAACAAGUGCAUAUCCAGGAAAAAACUACACCCAUCCCCAUCCCUUUUCUGCAUGACAAACACUGCAGCUUAUGCUUAUGCAUGUUUUGCAUGACAAAUUGGAUGUGGAUGGGUGUUUUUUCCUGGAUAGCGCAGUACUUGCUGCUGGAAGAGUCCAACGUCGUUACGCUAAACUCUCCGAUCACCCUGGUCGGCGACGUACACGGGCAAAUCUACGAUGUUUUGGAACUCUUUCGUGUCGGUGGGUUCGCGCCCAGCACGAACUACCUCUUCCUCGGGGACUACGUCGACCGGGGCAACGCCUCCGUGGAGGUGAUUUCGUUACUCUCGUGCUUGAAACUGAAAUACCCGAAUCGAGUCACCUUGCUGCGGGGGAAUCACGAAACCAGGCAGAUCACACAAGUGUACGGGUUUUAUUUGGAGUGCCAGAGGAAAUACGCGGAACACCCGGUGGGUAAUGUCAGUAGUUGUGCAGGGGAUAAUACUGGCGGUAGUACAACUGCUAACGAUACUAACCCGUACUCGGUUCAUCGAAAAACCUCCACUGGGUCUUAUCCCGAGUAAGAACGUCCCCCACCCGCCAGAGUUUGAGUUCUUGUCAUGCAGAUUUGCAAUUACAGGAACGCUUGGGCUUGUCAUGCGCAUCCCCAAGAGAGGCACCGCACUUCCAGUCCCGUUUUGGUUGCAUUCGUAAUGCUGCAAACAGGAUGCGGAAAUGGUUUUGUCAUGCGGCUGCCCUUGCUGAUCCGCACUACAUUACUCCGGGAUGAAACUUGUCAUGCGUGACUCCCAAAACCUCUGGAUUUGUGUUGCAGAGAUUCCAACUUGACUAUGGAGCGGGGACGUUUUUAGUCGGGACAUGUCUCUGACUUCCAACCCGAGCAAGGACGAUACUAGUAAGCAGAUUGGGACGAAUAUCCUGAAAAAAAAACGUUGUUAGAGUAAAUUUGUGAUGCGCAGCAUGCAAAUUGAUUGAGCCUGUCAUGCUGUGCCUGCAUUGUAGGGCCCAUUUAACGGCGUUUUCCCUUACUAUCUGCGCAUGACAGGUUUUUGCUGUCAUGCGAGAGAUAUUUGUCAUGCUAAUCCUCCAACAAAGUUGUUUUUAUUUUUUUGGAUAACGAAUGUGUGGAGCUACUUCACAGUAUGCAAUGCAACAGUAUCGUAUUCGUACUAGUAGUAUGCAUUGCACUACAAAUUAUCUGAGCAUGAGAAAUGGAGUUUGUGAUGCUGUUUCUGCUUCGGAAGCAGAUUUGUCAUGCAUAUCAGCACAAGUACGAACCGAACGAUACGAUACUUUUGCGGAGCAUACACGGAGAUGUUCGACUACCUACCAAUAACCGCGGUCAUCGACAACACCUUUUUCGCCACCCACGGUGGGCUGUCCCCGAGCAUUCUGAAUUUGGACCAGAUCAGAGUGCUGGAUCGGUUUUCCGAAAUCCCGCACGACGGGCCACUGGCGGAUCUGCUCUGGAGUGACCCAGAUCAGGACAAGGUUGGGUUCAAUGUGUCGCCGAGAGGUAAGUGCUUGAAUUGACUUUGUCAUGCAUUUGCAUGCAUGACAGCUGCACUUUGUGAUGCGCAUUUUCACAUGCCAACCACUGCCUAAAAAUCAGGCGCCGGCUACAUUUUCGGUCCUGACGUGGCCGAGCGGUUUCUGCACUGGAACGGCUUGCAGCACAUCGUUAUGGAUUGUAAAAAUGUCUGGGUCUGGACGAAUGCGCGAUUUGUCAUGCAGCUUUUCCAUGACCCAUGAGGUCUGGAAUGCAGGACCGAGCAUGACAGAUUCUAUGCGAUCUCUCUCAUGCCUGUCCUGCAUGAGAAACUCCCUCCCGACUUUGUCAAAACUGGACCACUUUUGGUAAUCAUGCAACACAGAUUUUUGCAUCCUUCAGAUUUAGCAUGACAAGUUGCAUUCUUCCAGACCCAGACAUUUUUACAGUUGAUAAUCGUCCGCGCGCACCAGCUCUGCAUGCAGGGGCACCAGGUGCUGUUCGAAGAGAAACUUUCCACCGUCUGGUCCGCCCCGAACUAUUGCUACCGGUUUGGGAACACAGCCAGCGUGUUGGAGAUUGGCGACAACAGCAACAGCUGCUCGUCUUUGGAGCAGAAUUAUAUGCAACGAACUACCACGAUCAACUCCAUUACCAACCGCAUGUUCUUCAACGUCUUUACCGCCUGUCCGCACCCGGGCAUUGCCGUGGGAAAUACCACCGUCGACGCGAAUAUCCUAAGCGAAAGUAUCAUGAUGCUCUUAGUAAUCGCAGCCAUGCACUACAAAUUUCCAACCCAAGGCAAAACAGCAUGACAAAUUCCAUUUGUCACGCUGACCGAAUUUGUAAUGCGAUUUCUACUUAGUGUGAUGCUUUUGCAAUGCAUAGCGGAUGUGUUCGAGCAACAAAAGUUGGCGAUGAAUGGAGGAAUUGCUGCUGGCGGUGCAGCUGCUGUGAACGGGUCUUCUGUCGGAUAUGGCGUCCUCAAACGUUACAUUUUCAAGUGUUACAUGAUUUGUCAUGCGAAGCUGCCAUUAUCAUCUACACGAUCAAGCUGUUCUGCAUGACAAAUCCUGGAAGGGCCAAACAGGCUGACAAUCUGUGCGAAAUCUGUCAUGCAAGACGCGCAAUGUCCCCCCUUCCCUUUUCCCAUUCUUGCAUCACAAAUCCAUGUAACAGUUGAGAAUGUAACAUUUGAGAACGCCAUAUCGGAGGAAGUAUCGGCGGGUUUUGGAAAAACGGAACGAGAAUCGAUUUCGAGGAACAAUUUGCGGCUCCUGCUGUGCGAAAAGAUGCAUCUGUGUUGCGCACUGACGAGGAUGCAGAUGAUGAUGCAUAUGAUGACCUGCAUGACAAACACUACAAAAAUAAAUCCGAGAUUAACCACGAGUACGAGUUUUGGCGGAAGUAUCCACUGGAAAAAUUUUACCGUACACGCACAAGGACAAUCAAAUGAGAAUGGUGUCGUAGCAUGACAAAACUUGUCGCCAACCAGAAAAUGCAUGGCAAAUUUUAUGUUCCAGUAUCGGAGGUCGGCAAAUUUCUUUGUGAUGCAUUUUGUACAACUACGUGUACCACCUGUACGUGCGCGGUAAAAGAUUCAACUGCACAGAAUGAAGAAAAUCGAGGCAUUGGAAGCAAACCGGGACUGCUGGUUUAGUUCCGUUCGGAUAAACCAACAGCAGAAGAUGCGAAAAGAGCAAGAGGCGGUAGCAGCGGAACAGAGGAGAACGUCGAAGGCGAAAAGUGCUGGUGCUGGUGGUGGUGGUACUGCUUCUACGAAUAGCGCAGUUGGAGGAGCUUCGACGACAGGCGGCUCGAGUAGCAUAAUUUCCUGCUCUUCUAGUAGUACUUCUGGCCCAGGCGAAACUAAGUACCACAGUCACAUUCCGGGUUCUUGUUCUUCUUCAUCAAGCGGAGUUGCACCGAGCACUACGCUGACAAGAAGCAGCAGUAAAGACGGCGCAGGUUCGAAGUAUCACAGUCACAACGGAGGUGCCGUGGGGCCGGUUGAGGGCGUUGGAGCAGGAGCCGGGAAGACUUCUAGUGCAGGAGGAUCGACGUCUUCGUCAGGCUCCACCAGUGUGGCCACGACUUCCUCCACCCGCUCUAACACGCCGGAGGAACAAGAUGGCGACGAGGUGCAGCUUCUGAAGGAGUUACGAAGGAAGGGGUCGAAAAAGAAAGCGACAAGACACAUCAGGACAGACGAUCCAGAAGAUCCUGUGCUGGACGACAUCUUCGACUCAAAGAACGAAAUGGAGGAAAACCCAGAGGACCCGGAAGAUGACGAAAUCAGAAUCAUCGACAGCACCACCGGUGUUUUUAACAGAAAGUCAAAGAAGUUGUCUUCAACAAGUUCACAGACAGUAAAGCGCAACAAGGACCACGAUAAAGCAAGUACCAGCGGAGAAGACUACAUGGACGAGAGCACGACCAAAACAGGUGGUCUGUGGGCGGGAAUUCUGUCCGAGUUGCACCUCGACGGAGAGGGAAAAAACCUCCAGCGCGACCAGAACAUCAAAGCACAGUCUUGCCACGACGAAGACGACGCAAUUCUCCACGAGGAAGAGGAUGAGGAUGAUCACCACUUGAAGAGCCCCCCGAUUCUGACGAACCACGAUGACGAUGGUGAAGUAGAAGACGACGAUGACGAAGAGGACCCCAACGGUUUUAAACUCAACAGGACUGCUUUUGACCAAGGACUCGUAGGCCGCGGUGUAGUUUACGCCGAAAAUGAAAAUGCAACAACAUCCGGUGUCUGUGUUAACAAGAAUCACGUCGUGCCGAUCUUUGCGCAAAAUAUCAAAUCGAGAAUCAAGCGAUCCCGGUCGAAAGACAGACUCGGCCCGGUCAAAGACGCAGGUCGCCACGCAUUUUCCGCGUUUUUGUCGGACUCUUCUGGCUCCGGAUCGGGCUCCUCAAGCUCGGAAUCGUCUUCCGAGGAGGAGCAUAUGCAAUACAAAUUCUCCCUCCCGUACAUGUACAAGAUACAUCACGAAUUUCACCAAUUUGGCCGCGUGUAAAACUUGUCAUGCUAAACUAGGAUCGAAGACAAGUGUUGCCAUGCAGAGACCGCAUCUGUACGUAUACGGGAAAUUUACUGUGGAUAGAACCAGACGAGGCGCGCCAUCAAGUUCGGGAUCAUGUUCCCACAAGCGGAAGUCAACGCCGUGCGGAGAAGGUGAAGAAGCUGGUGACCACAAUACGCAAAAAUGCACAACAGCGCUCACAAGUAGGGUCGCUUGAUGUGCUUGACCAGACGAGUUGUGGUGCGCCUGCUCCAUCAAGUGAGACAUCUGAGGAGACCAGCUCGGAAUCUUCUUCGUGUACCUCCGCGUCUUCCGAAGAAGACGAGAUUUUUCGGUUACGGACAAGAACUUCAUCUACGAGCGGAAAUAGAAGCAGUGCGAUGUUGAGUAAGUCCAUGUCAAGUUCUUACUCAUCCGCAUACAACCUCAACCACCGAGACCGAGGAGGAGGCAUCACGGUUGAGAAAACCACUCCGUCACGGCAAAUUCUCCACAGAGACGAUGUUGCUGACGAGGACGACGACAAGGAUAACACCAGUAACACCACUCCCAGCAACAGCAGCACCACCAUCACCUCGACUUCCAUGAAACCGUCGAAAAAGAAGGAUAGUGCUAAUGGCAGUAAAGUCUUUGUCAAGCUGAAGCCGCCGCUGCCCGCUUUCCCGCAAAGGCUAUUUGAAGAAGACGCGGUGAAGACGAUUAUUGACGAUAUUCUCUGAAAAAUUUUAACCAUCGUCCCCAUGAUCCAAUUUCUCAUGCAAAACAUGGACUAUAUUCUGGCUUUGUCAUCAACAUGCGAAAUGUGAAGGAUGGGGAUCGGAUGGAACAUUUUCAGGGAAUAGACCAGAUUGUUGACGAAGAGCAACAGAAGGUGCUGGAGGAAAAGAAGCAGAUAGCGCUAGUGGAGAAAAGCUCCGAUGAGGACGCGGGAGAACAAGUGGAGGCUGAAGGUGGUACUGCUACUGAAGCAGUGAAGAAAGUAGCGAAGAAGAUAGAAUUAGAUGAAAUUUCUCAUGCGCCGCGGCCGGGUAACGCUAAAGACUACGAAGACGACGAGACGGGCGACACUGAAGACACAAAGAAAAUGGAAGAGUUGGAACGUGAACGAGCGGCCAUUCAGCAGAAGGUUCUGGAAGUCGAAAGGCAGAUCCGGGCGCGCGAACAAGAAAUUUUGAAUCUGUAUCAGGACGACGUAUGGUUACAGGAAAAUAAAAAAUUACCGCUCACGUACAGACACUCACAUUGCAUGACAGAAUAGCUACUUCCUUCCCCUGCUACUUCACAUUCAGCAUGGCAAGUGCUGCCUACGUGAUUAUUUCUGGGAGAAAUUGUGUUGGAGUUUGUAGUUGUUGUGCGGUAAUUUUGUAUUGCAUACGAGGACGACCAGGGUUCGGAUAGGCUGUCUCCGCGGAUUCUCGGAGGCGAAUUCGAGGAGCAGGACGACGUCGACGAAAGUUACGCGAAUACAAAAACUAAUUUUUCCCGUAGUACAACACGUACGUGCAUGUGCAAAUACAAAACGCAUGACAAGUUUCCCGCCAAUGAACUCAAACCAGGUUCAGGCUGCCUGUCAUGCUAAUUAGAGUUGGAGAAAAUGUUUGUCAUGCUCAUGCACAGACAGCAUCAGCAUCUUCUGUGUCAGUUUGCCUGCUGCGUGCACAUCAACGGGAGUAUUGGAUUUGCUGUGGAUAGCUGGGAUCAACACGAAGAGGAGGUGUACGACGUUACGGGUGAGUUUUUUGCGGAAGACAUUUCCCCCGUGGAACAAGAUCCAGAUGAACUACCUCUAUGCAUUGCAAAAGCAUCGCACUAGUAAUUGCAGUCAUGCAUAGACAAAGAAACUCUUUCUUCUAGCAGGUAGUAGAUCCGCAUUACCUCUUACAACUUCAAUCAUCAACUGCUCACGCCUGUCCUUAUGAAAUUUGUGAUGCGAUUUGUUCUACAAGUGCGAUACACCAGCUUUUGCAGAGGAUAGAAUCACGCUAGCGACGACUCUGAGGAGGACGAGGAGCAGCCCCCGAAAGUGGUAAAGUAUGUA